GCCCGGGAGCGGGGCCGGGACGCCCAUGGCCCCCGCAGCUCCCCUUGGUCCCCGUGGGGCCGGCGGCCCCGCUGCCUUCAGGGCACAUGGAGGGGGGCCGGCGCCUUGAGCCGGGGCGAGCCCCGCGGCCCCCGGCAUCACCGGAGCGCCCCGAGCCCCCCCGGGGCCCCCACGCCGUCCUGGAGAGCAAGGUGAAGGCGCUGAAGGAGAAGCGGGGCGCCAGCCGGCCGGGGGCCCCCACGACCCCCACCAGCAGCGCUGCCCCCGAGCGCCCCUCACCCAAAAAGCCCCGGCCCCGCAGGGGGAAGCCCGGGGCGGACGUGGUGGUGGCGGAGCCGCGGGCUCAGCUCCGCACCUACCUGACGGACGGGCUGCUGGACGCUGGGGAGCCCCCGGAGCCCCCCCACAGCACCCAGGGGACCCGGAGGGUGUCCGGGGACAGCCAGCAGCAUCCCAAGGAGGGGUCCCGGGGCUGUGCCCCCCUGGCAGCGGACAGCGGCGAGGCGGCGGCGGGCUGGGAGCCGCUCUCCUUGGCCAAGCGGGUGGAGAGGAACCGGCGGCUGCUGCAGGAGGUGCUGGGGCUGGCGGCGGCCGGCUCGGCACACGAGGCGCUGGCGAGCGAUGGGGACUGGGACUCGGGGGUCUCGCUGCAGGACGCCGAGGGCUGCAGGGCCUUUGUUCCCGGGCAGGAGCUCGAGCUGAGCCCGCGCCAUGAGCAGGCCAAGCAGCUGCUGCAGCGCGCCCGCAUGAAGGCUCGCACGAACCCGCUGCGCGCCAGCCACGACCUCCUCCUCCUCCCCGCCGCCCCGCGCCCCGGCAGGGAGCCCAGCGGGACGCCGAGGCCGAGCUUCGCCCCGCAGGAGGCCGAGGGGCCGGCGGGAGGGAGCCUGAGCGACUCGUCCAGCGGGGAGUCCAGCUGCGGGCCCCGGCGGCCGCGGGGACCCUCCCCGUCCCGCGUGCGCUUCGAGGACGAGUCCGCCCGCGACGCCGAGGUGCGCUACCUGGAGCGCCUGCGGCACCGGCGGCCGCUGGGCUCGGCGCUGGAGCGCGCCGGCAGCGAAGCCCAUGGGCAGCCGGGGGACGGAGCCGGCCCCGCAAAAGCCCGGGGCGGUGACGUCCCCACUGGGGGCAAGUGCCAAGCCUGCGGCUCCAUCCUCGGUGCUGCCGAGCCGGCCAAGAGCAGCCCCGUGGCUCGCGGACGGGAGCGUGGAGGGCCUGGCGCUGCCCAGGCAGAGCCCAAAUCCCGGCCUCUGGGUCCCGGGGGGUCCCCGCUUUGGAUCCUGCCCUCCCGGCAGCGCAUCCACACCGAGAAGAUCAAGGAGACCUACAUCGGGGACGUCCAACGUGCUGACGAGGCGGACUCAGCGCUAGAGAGCACCGACACCUCUGACAGCUGCCGCACGGACAGCGAGGAGGUGGGACCCCGCAGCCCCCACCCGCGGGCUCACCGGGACCCCCGGGCUCGUGGCCACCGGGCCCCCCGUGCCCCGGCGCAGAAGGAGGCACGGGCCAGCAAGGGGGUGAGCGUGGCCAGCAGCCCCCGGGCUGGGGCUGGCGGCUCGGGGGCACCUUGCCCCCCACUCUCUGGCAGCUGGGAUGGGGGGAACCCCACUGAGGCACUGGGCAGCGGAGAGCCCCCGGCCCCCUCCUCGCAGCCAGCAGGGGGUUCCAGUGUCCCUGCGCCCCCCGUCACCGGCACCCCCACCACCAAAAAAGCCUGCUCCCAGGUGCCUUGCAGGAAAAACCUCGCCAGCAGCCGCCGGUGCCCGGAGCCCGAUGCUGGGGUCGCUUCCCCCAAACCUGAGGGCGCGGGGCAGCGACGGGGUCCCUGCGGCCCCGUCUGGCUCCCGGGGAGCCCCCUCCGUGCCUUGUCCACCAACAACUGCAACAACACCCGUGGGCAGGACGGCCGGGGGACAGGAGGAGGAGGGGCACUGCCGCAGCCCAGGUCUGAGCCCCCCGGGGAUGCUGCAGGGACACCCAGGGCACAGCAGGACGGGAGCACGGCACCUGGGGAGCCGGCGCGGGCGGUGAGCCGCAAGGGCAGCGGCGCCUCGGCGUCCUCGGGGCUGAAGAAGCUCCUGAGCAGCCUGAGCCAGAGCACCAAGCAGCGCCUGGGCCGCUUCCGCUGCUACAGCAUGGAGCAGCUCCCGGCCCCCGGCAGCAGCCCCGGCGUGAAGAAAUCGCCCUCGCUGCAGUCCCUGGUGUCACCCUUCUGCCAGCCCCGAAAAACCUCCUCCGCACAGAGCCUGCACGCCCUCCUGGGCAAGGCGCCCCGUGCCAGCGCCUACCUCCUGCCCCAGCCGGGGCCCGGGGACAGGACGGGGGCUUCGGGGCCGCGGCGCUCGCUCAGCGUGGAGGACAUCGGCACGCCCGACCUGCCGCGCACGGUGGGGCGCGUGGUGGAGGUGUUCCCUGAUGGCACCAGCCAGCUGGAGCUGCAGCGGCCCCCGCACGGCUCCUUCGGCUUCCGCCUCACCUCCGGGCAUGGCCGGCCCGACACAGGCGUCUACGUGCAGGAGAUGUCGGACGCCGGCACGGCCAAGCUGUACGCGGGGCUGCUGGGCGUGGGUGACGAGAUCCUGCAGGUCAACGGGGCCGCCGUGUCGGGCCUGGGGCUGGCCCGCAUCCGCGAGCUGCUGCUGCGCGCCGACAGCCUGUCCCUCCGCGUGCUCAGGCAGCGCCCGGCACGCCGGUAGCAGCGGCGCGGCUCCCGGGGAGCCCGGCGGGAGGAAGAGGAGGAAGAGGAGGAGGGUGGCCUGCAGGAUGC